UCUUCUUUUAGUUGAAAUUCUAACUUCAAAAUGUGAAACAAUACAAACAGUCUUCAUCUGCAUGCAACCCUACGUCUAUCCAAAAUGUAUAAAUAACAGAAGUGAUUGCGGUGAAGCGAGUUUCUAAAUCAAUAACUUCUUAGGCAUGCACAUAAAUAAUUUACGCAUGCCGGCGAAAACACAUUUAUGUGGGACUUGCCGAAAAAUAAAAAAUUGUCUAAAAGUUUGUUAUUAAGUAUAAGUGCUCAAAUCUACAUACAUAUAUAAAUAAUUAAAAAUAAUAAGCAUAGAUAAUUUCCAGAGUGAGUGCAACAAUACUUGAAUUCUUCAUAUUUAAGAAAACCAAAAAGUAUUAUUACUUAAAAAAUUAGUGCUUACACUUGUAUAAAAGGAGAAUACAUACAUAUAUUUUUUAUAAAAACAAUGAAACAAUUUCCAGAGGCAAAGUAUAAUAUGAGAGACUACAACGUUCAGCACUCAGGACAUUGUUAAACAUUAUUUUUCGAUAAUAUUUUAAAUGUGAGAUUGCAUCAAAUGUGAUUGUGAAAAAGUAAAUCAUUGCAUUCGACAAAAAGAAUAACUAAUAAAUAAUGCAUAAUACACGAAACCAUUAAUAAAUUCGAAAACGCAAGCAUUUCUGUCACCAUAUGAGUAUAUUAAUAACCUAAAUAUACCUACAGCUAUUUGGAGUGCCGUUAUUAUGAAUUUAACUUCCGGAAUGGGAUUACUUUUGUCUUUCUAUGCUCUGGCUUUUGCAAAUCUCUUAAAAAAGAACCAAGCGAAACACCAACAUAUUUCCUAAUGAGUGAAAGCAGGAAGGAAGAAUGUUCUGCAUGACGUAUAACACAAUUUUCGAAUGAGCAUAUUGUGUAUAAAUGCAAUAAAGUUAAGGAUAUGAUUAACGUAAUUUAAGGGAAAUGAAUUCAUAGGAAUAUUUACAUUGAAACUAGAAGGCUGAAAAUUUUAUAAUUCUUGGUAAUAUUAAAAAGCACGAGAGAAUAAUAAUAAGAGAAAAAUAUGUUAUAUGACACAUAGAGGAAGGAUAAAAUCAACACAACCAAAUAUAAGCUGAGAAAAAGAGACUGACUAUUACAUUAAGCUUUCUGAGAAGUCUAAAUAGAGUCUAAGACGAACAAAAUCAAAUCAGUGAAAAAGAGAAUUGAGAAAGGAAAAACAGAACGAAAUACACACACUUAUCGGAUCCAUUUUCCUAUAUUCUAUAAUUAGAUUGCUAAAUCACCAUCACAUUGAAGUCUGUUUUUGUAAUAUAAUUGCAAUAGACAAAAUGCUAAAGAAAUUUAAAUGCCUGGAAGCAACUGCUACAAUGGCGAACUCCAACAAUCAAACAACGACAACGACCAGCAACAAUUCCAAUACAAAUAGUUUAAUUGGCAGUGGAUUGUCUUAUUCAAAAUUAAUUAAAACAGAGCCUAUCGAUUUGGAAAUGUCAUAUGUGAACACAAGUGACUUGAAAGAAUUACGUCUGGAUAAUAUAAUAGAAAAAAAUGUAACAAUAAAACCGAAUAUGAAGGAAACUGUAGCUAAGACCUUAUCCUCACCAGCUGUUAAUUACCAACAUGUGCAGAUACAAACAGUGCAACCAAGGCAGCCCGGAGCAGGUUUACUAACCAACUCUAACACCAUGCAAAAAAUUAUUUUGACGCCACGAGUUGAGUUUAUUCAACGGCCAACUUCUACCCGUGAAAUAGAAGCAGAAAUGGGCACGAUUAUAAAGCACGUUUACACACAGCAAUCCAACACAAAGGAUCAACAGCAACAGUCCUUUACCAACUCAAGUGCACAAGCUAUUCAACGCGUUCCACAAUCCUUACAACAAGAUUCCAAUGGACCGCAAAUUAUAAUUACUCGAUCCUUACCAACUAAUACAACAUCACAUCUGCCUAUUCAACGCUGUCAUUCUGCUAGCCCAUCACAUUAUCAGCGUAACACUUCUAUUGUAAGCUCAAACAAUAAUUCGAGCACUCCACCACCUUCAUCCCAACAGUCUUUGCAUCAGUAUUCUUCAAACCGUUCGCCUCAACCAUCACCACCUCCGUUGUCCCUACAGCAACAUGUACGGGUUAUCAGAGAUGGCCGGUUAUAUGAAGAACAGACGUCUGGAUCGGUUUUAACAUCUCGUCAUUCGGUCUCACCUCCACCGUUAUUACACCAUCAUCAGUCGCGUUCCGCUCCUAAUUCUCCGGUUGUAGCGCGUCGAUUUUCGAGCUCACCUCAUGGUAUAUCUACAUUAUCUCUAUCCCAACAAAAUACAAUUGAAAAACAUCAAAGUCAUACACAAUUCGUCAUACAUGAUGGGAAACAACAACUGCAAUUAUCCGAUGUUUCAGAACAAUAUCAAAGGCAUAUAGCCAACACACCACCGCAACCUCCACCUCCACCACCACCACCCCCUCACCAAACUUCAUCAGCCACAGCACCAACAUCUUUAUCACAAGCAAUGAUCAAUCCCUCUUUGACAACAACAAGUAAUCAGCAACAUCAGCAGUACGUUCUAUCGUCGUCCACGCGAAAAUACAUCGUCAGCACUACACGCCAAUCGUGCGCAAUGGCUGCAAUAGGCUCCCCUCGACAACAACCGAAUACUCACUUCGCCCAUCAUAAACACCAACAGUUACAACGAUAUCACCUUUCACAACACCAACAAGAGGAAAAUAGUUCGUCACAGUCCGCACCAGUCGCAGCACCUUCGAUACCUAACUUAUCUCGAAAUUUUCGGAUACCCGUGGUAACCAGCAGCAGUAUAAGCAAUAACAAUAACAACAAUGAUCCUCAAUUUCAUAGUCACAGUAACACUGCCAUGCGUCCACCGCCUCCACCACCACCAAAAGUCAAAAACUCUUCCGCUCCUUCUGCUGGCUUGCCCAAUAGCAGCAAUGGGGGAAGCACCAGUCUUAGCUGCCACAACCGUGAGGAGCCAUCCAGCUCCAUUCCAGAUUUAGAAUUCGAUGGUACAACAGUGCUGUGUCGCGUCUGUGGCGAUAAGGCGUCUGGGUUUCAUUAUGGUGUACAUUCCUGUGAAGGUUGCAAGGGAUUUUUCCGACGUUCCAUUCAACAAAAAAUCCAAUAUCGUCCAUGUACAAAAAAUCAGCAAUGUAGCAUUUUACGAAUUAAUCGUAACCGCUGUCAGUACUGUCGACUGAAAAAAUGUAUUGCUGUAGGAAUGAGUCGUGAUGCUGUGCGAUUUGGACGAGUCCCAAAGAGGGAGAAAGCGCGGAUCUUAGCUGCUAUGCAACAAAGCACACAGAAUCGAGGCCAACAACGUGCGCUUGCAGGAGAGCUGGAUGAUCAACCACGACUGAUAGCUGCUGUUCUGCGCGCCCAUCUGGAAACUUGCGAGUUUACAAAGGAAAAAGUUGCUGCCAUGCGUCAAAGGGCGAGAGAGUGCCCCUCAUAUUCAAUGCCAACGCUAUUGGCUUGUCCGCUCAAUCCUGCUCCUGAGUUACAAUCGGAGCAAGAGUUUUCUCAACGCUUUGCCCAUGUUAUUCGUGGGGUUAUUGAUUUCGCCGGUAUGAUACCUGGUUUUCAACUUCUUACCCAAGAUGACAAAUUUACUUUGCUAAAGGCCGGUCUUUUUGAUGCAUUAUUCGUGCGUUUGAUUUGCAUGUUUGAUUCUUCCAUCAAUAGUAUUAUUUGCUUGAAUGGGCAGGUGAUGCGCCGCGAUGCAAUACAGAACGGGGCCAAUGCUCGCUUUUUAGUGGAUUCAACAUUUAAUUUUGCAGAACGUAUGAAUUCGAUGAAUUUAUCAGAUGCCGAGAUCGGGCUAUUUUGUGCGAUCGUAUUGAUCACACCCGAUCGACCUGGAUUGCGCAACAUUGAAUUGAUCGAAAAGAUGUAUAGCCGGUUGAAAGGUUGCUUACAGAAAGUCAUAAGCCAGAAUCGGGCCGAUCAACCUGAUUUCAUGGCAAAGUUGUUGGAAACAAUGCCCGAUUUGCGAACACUAAGCACUCUUCAUACUGAGAAAUUAGUUGUUUUUCGUACAGAGCACAAAGAACUAUUACGACAACAAAUGUGGACAAUGGACGAUGAACAACCAACGAAUGUGAAGAGCCCUGUAAUUAACUGGGACGAUCCGCGUAUGGAUGUUGAGGCGAAAAGUCCACUUGGUUCCGUGUCAAGUACAGAGUCGGCAGACUUAGAGUACACCACUGCAUCUGCCAAUUCAACAUCCCACCAUCACACUAAUCAACAAGGGCCACAACCAUCUGCAUUAGCAUCAUCAGCCCCCCUGUUGGCCGCAUCAUUAUCAGGUUCGUGCCCGUUGCGUAAUAGAGCUAACUCUGGCUCCUCUGGGGAUUCUACCGCUGAAAUGGACAUAGUCGGCUCUCACGCACAUCUAACCCAGAAUGGCUUAACAAUCACUCCAAUUGUUCGUUCGCAUUCCCACCAGCAAUUACAUCAUCAUUUGACUUCUGGUACACCAAAUAGAUAUCGCAAAUUAGACUCACCCACUGAUUCGGGCAUCGAGUCGGGCAAUGAAAAGAACGAUUGUGGCAUCAAAGCAGUCAGCUCUGGCGGAAGUUCUUCUUGUUCCAGCCCACGUUCUAGUGUCGACGACGCCCUUGAUUGUACGGAUGCUGCAGCAGCAAGCACAAGUCAAGUUACAAUAUCUGUUUCACCCGUCCGUUCACCUCAACCUAUCGCUCCGACAUCCACAUCAUUAUCAAAUAGCCUAGCUAACGCGUCAAAUACGCUAAAGCGACAAAUUGUUGACGAUAUGCCCGUAUUGAAACGAGUAUUGCAAGCACCUCCGCUCUACGAUACGAACUCACUAAUGGAUGAAGCGUACAAGCCACAUAAAAAAUUUCGAGCAUUGCGCCAUCGCGAAUUCGAAACCGCAGAAACGGAUCCCAGCUCCACAUCUAACCGUUCUAACAGCAGCGCGAAGACAAGCACAACACUUACGCAAACAAAUAUCCCGGUACAAAGCGCGCAAACAAUCUCAGCCGCAAUUACUCCACCUUCAUCUAUUCAAACCUCGAGCACUGCUCCGGCUUCUGUUGUUGUUUCUAAAUGUACUAUAACACCAGCAUCAUCCCCACGUCCUCACAUCUCAACAGAAAGCGCUGGAAAUUGUCACCAACAAAGUCAAUUGCAUAUGCACUUAACGCGUCAAGCGACGACUACUAAUAUUUGUAAUCAUAGUAAUGGCAACCAUAAUAGCAGUGGUAUCAUUCAGCCACAACAACAAUCUUCCUUGUCUAGCACUCAUUCAGUACUGGCUAAAUCUUUAAUGGCAGAGCCGCGAAUGACUCCUGAACAAAUUAAAAGGUCUGAUAUCAUUCAGAAUUAUAUUAUGCGCGAUCCAGCAUCAUCUUGUUCCGGCACAUCAAACAACCCCGGAAGUCGUAGUCCAGCACCAAUGCAGCAUUUAUCCCCAUUGAACCAAAACUCUCACCAUUACAACUCUGGCGGAUCACCAUCCUCAAGUAAUUCUCCCUCUUGUUCGAGUACUAACUGUGCUUCACCUUCAACCACUACAAUUACAUUACCUUCGCCGCCACCUCCAAACACAUUAGGCCCAACAGCUACGCGAUGGCACGGCCACUCUGUUAUAACAACAACGAGUAUCAAUCAUCGUCAGCAGUCUGUCUCGCCAAGCAGCAAUGGUUCAGCAUCAUCAUCAUCAUCAAAUGGUUGUCAAUAUUUCCAGUCUCCACACUCCACCUCUACUUCAGUAUCUCCACCCCGCCCAUCACCAUCAGCGCUUCAUUCGCCUCCACGUCUAUUAGAACUACAAGUCGAUAUUGCCGACUCACAGCAACCGCUGAAUUUGUCAAAAAAGUCGCCAACACCACCACCCACUAAGCUGCAAGCAUUGGUAGCAGCUGCGUCAGCAGCACAAAGAUAUCCUACCGUAUCUGCCGAUGUUACUGUUACACCGACUAAUGCACAACCCACGCAAACUGUGACCACUGUGACCGCAAAUAGUACGCAGCAAUUACAGGUUCACAAAGUCAUGCUAGAGGCGUAAGCAUCAAAAAUGGGUUAGUGAAUAAGUUCAGUAUAUGUAUUUAUGUAGAGCAAAGAAGAGUAUUCGGAAUGUUCAUAAGUGUAUUAAAGACAUCUUGAGAUUAAUCUAAAAAAAUGAAAAAUACUGCAUUGAAAAAGAUUUCUUGAAAAACUCGAUGUGGUAUCAGAACUGAUGAUGAAUAUCAAAGGAACAUCCACUAUGUAUUAUAUUCAAACAUAUGUACGUGUACAUGCGAAGUUAUUAAAAUUAGAUGACAAACGUUUGCACGACAACAAAAAAGAGCGAGACUGAAUAUUCAUAAAAACAUGAAAAAAUAAAUAAAUAAUGAAAUAUUGUAAAGUAAAUAUUCAAUAAGUCGGUGUUGCAUGGUGUUUGGCGUGAAUGAGAACGCGAUUUGUGGAAGCACAUUAAAAUCAGUUAAACCAAACGUGCAUACAUAAGUAUACAUGGAUAUAUAUAAUUUCCUUAAAUCACUUAAAAUUAAUAUUAAUAAUAGUUGAUAAGUAACUACAUACCUAUAUGUAAAUUAUGUAUUUAAAUAAGUAGAAACACCGUAUAUGAAUUGAGCGAAAAACAAGAAGAUGCUGAUAACAAUUACAAUUCCGAUAAAAGAUGUUUGCUUAAGGGUUGGAGUUGGCAUUAAAAUUAAUCUUAAUGUUAUUGAUCGAUCAAAACCCUAACAAUUACCUAUUGUAUUUUUAAAGCACAUAAAAAUUGUACAAAAUUCAUGCAAUAUAGAUUAAAAAUUAUAUCCUUAACAACACAAAAAACAAAUAUUAUGCUACAAUUCCUUUUAAAGCUUAUCUAUAGAUUGAAGGCAAAUCAUUUUAAUCAUAAGACAAUGAACUACUUUUAAGGUAAUUGGCACAACGAUAUGAUAUUAUACUAUACAUAUGCAUGUAAGCAGACUCGUUUGCCGUAUUAUGUUUACAUUGAGCAGAUAUGUAUAUUAAGCAAUCUUAAAGAACCUUAACAGUAUCGUUGUGUGAAUGAUCCUCAAGGAUAAAUAAUGAUUUCAAAUUAAAAAUCAGCAUAACUUCAAAGCAACAUACUACAUAUAUAUGUAUAUAUAAAUGUGUAACAAACGCAGUUGCUGUUACAUUUUAAACCAGGUUCAGGUGUGCACUCGAGAACAUAUGAACACCUAUGCAUAUAGUUAUAGAAAACACAAUUAAAUGAGCUCCAUAUUCAUGUUUACAAAAAUUUUAUAAGUGAAAGAAAGGAAUUCUACUGAAUUGAUUUUAUUUAUUUUACAAGUUCUGGAAACAAAUGAUAUUCCGGAAAUAUUUUUUAUAUUGAAAACUCUGCGAGAUUUUUAAAUAAAUGAAAAGUUAAUUAAUAUUUAAUUCUUCCUAUUAUGCAUGCAGAAAAAAGUUAUGUUUCGCUUCUGUAUGCAGUUUACUUCAAACAACCCAUUAUUUUGACAAAAUUGUUUUAUUGUUCGUUGGUUUGUUUUAUCCUUAUUAAUUAAAAUCACUAUUUAUCUGUUCGCGUGAUAAUUCUCUUUAGUAUGUUAAUUUUUAUAUAUGAUUAUAAUAAUUUUUGUUUUCUAAAUUUUUAAAAUUUAUUAUGUAUAAGAAAGUUCCAUAUGAUUGUAAUGUAAAUACUUUGUACAUAUUAAAAUUAUAGACGCUGUUGAAGUAGAAAAAAUCAUAAAAAAUCCCUUAAUACUUCAAAAUAGUUUUCCCUUCAGUGUGUAUGUGUCUACAAUUUCUGAAUGUAUUGACCGAUGAUGUAUUUGUUUAAAUUACAUAAUAUAAACUAAAGUUAUUAAAAACUUUCAUUUUAUUGCAACUUAGGAUAAAAAAGAAACUACUAUUAUAUUUAUUAUAAUUAGUACUAUAUUUGUAGUAGGUAUAAAACAAACAGACGUUUUUUUCAAAUAUACAGAAAUUAAAAAACAAA